AUGUCAUAUAAAUCAUUUUAACAAUGUUUACUUAUGACGUAUAGUGUCGCAUUAGCAACAUUUAGUUUUGCUUAUAAUUCUUAUUUAAUAAAUGGUCCCUUAGAUCAUAUAAGAAUAUGGAUUGAUAUUGAUACUUCUUUUAAGGAAGGUGCUAUGAUGACUUCCUUUAAUUUUGGUGGAUUGGUUGGAUGCAUUAUUGGAAUUCUAAUAGUUAAAUCUACAUCAAGAAGAUUAAUGCUAUAUAUUAUUGAUACUCUAUUGAUUAUUGGGACUGCAGGAUUAAAUAUUCAAAACUAUUAUACAUUUAUUUUAUUUCGAGUAAUUGCAGGAAUAGGUAGUGGGUUAACAACUCUAGUGACGCCAAUGUUUUUGAAAGAAAUCAUUCCUACUUAAAUUUAUGGAGUCUUAGGAGGAUAAAAUCUUGUAUUGUAUGUAUUAAAUAUAUAUAGAUUAUCUCUAGGAACUAUUGUUUAAUCUUUUUGUGCUUUGGGUUUCAAAGAAGUUAAAGGAUAGACAUCUGUUGAUAUGAGUUAUUGGAGAUUUUAUCUUUUACCUCCAAUAAUCAUUUGCAUUAUUAGAAGUCUCCUAUUGAAAUUUUAUUUUCCUUAUGAGUCUCCAAUAUUUUCAAUUUAAAAAGGAAAUGGUAUAAACUUAUAUUUAAAUUAGUUUAGGGUGCAGAAAGAUUUCUUGUUCAUAUCUAUUAGGAUGAUGAUGUAUAAUAAAUAAAAUAAGACAUUGAAAAUUUAGUAAAUAAAAGAAAUGUUGAAAAAACUUUACCAGGCUUAAGAGUAUUCUUAGGAAUUAUGAUUAACAUAUUUUAUUCCAAUUCUGGUAUCACUCCCAUUAUUUCAUAUUCCACAAAAAUAUUUCAAUAGGUUACUACUAUGACUGUAGCUUAAAUAUUAACAAUAGGAAUGAGUAUAAUAAAAUUCAUUUUUUACUCAACAGGAGCUUAAUUGACUUAAAAAUUUGGAAGAAGAAAACCUUUAAUAAUAGGAACAGGAAUCCUUUGUGUUGUAUUAAUCAGCACUGGUAUAAGUUCAGCUAUCAAUGAUAAUUCAGAUUAUAAUGAUACAAAAUUAAAAUCUGUUGUUGUAGUCUAUAUAGUUAUAGCAAUUUAUUUAUAUUUUGGAGUGUUCUUCAACACUUUUGGAGCUAUUAUUCCUCUAUAUACACCUGAAAUUCUGUCAGGAAUUUAUUUAACAGUUGCUCUUAUUUUUUAAUGGUCAUUCAAUAUAACUAUAACAUUUUUAUUUCCAGUCAUUAGAGAUUCUUUUGGUAUGUGUUAUACAUUUUAUUACUUUGGAAUAACAAUGGGAGUAGCAACAAUUUAUUUUGCAAUAUUUGUAAAAGAAACCAAAAACUUAAAUGAUAAAGAAAUCGAUGCAUUAUGGUAAUAUUCAACAGCAAAAGUUAGAUCAUUAGAGAAAGAAAAUUUGAUUUAAUGA